AUGGAAUCGCCACCACAAGACCACGUCGAUACAACGGACCGCUCAAGCCAAUCUGUCGAGAAGCUCGAGAGCCAUGGCGAUGCCACAGAGCCAGCACGGGAGGUUGAAGAGCAAAGACAAAAUCCACCGGAAUGGAGAAUCGCCAAGCAUGAACUUUUGAUCAUUCUGUCCCUGUGCAUCAUCAACAUGGUCGUUGCACUGGACGCUUCGAUUAUCGUCACGGCUCUGAACAGUAUAACCAUCGAAAUCGGAGGCACGACUACCGAAGCCUUCUGGAUAGGAACCUCGUACCUCCUCUCCUGCACCGUCGCCAUGCCCCCCCUCGCAAGCCUAAGCGAGAUUUUCGGCCGUCCCAUCUGCCUCAUCUUCUCCCUGUCCAUGUUUACCCUCGGCAGCAUCCUCUGCUGUGUAGCGCACUCCAUCCCACUCCUCCUCGCCGGUCGCUCCGUCCAAGGCAUCGGUGGGGGCGGGAUAUGGGUAUUAUCGCUCCUACUACUAACCGACAUUGUACCAUUAAGACACAGACCGAAGUGGUGGGCCCUCAUCUCCAUUGGCUGGGCCGUGGGAUUGGUGAUUGGUCCGUUGAUUGGAGGGGGUGUGGUCCAGCAUACGACGUGGCGGUGGGUGUUUUACCUGAAUUUCCCGUUUUGCGCGUUUGGGCUUGUGGUGGUGCCGACUUUGCUUACGAUGAGACCGAGGGUGGAGACGACAAGGCAGAAGUUGGGGAGGGUGGAUUGGGUGGGGGGGCUGUUGUUCACAGCUUCGUUGACGGUGUUUUUGUUUGCCAUUUCUUCGGGAGGUAUACAGUAUGACUGGAAUAGUGCGCCGAUACUGGUGCCCUUGGUGUUGGGGGUUUGUGGGCUCGUGGCUACGGGGGUUUGGGAGGAGCAUGGUGCUAUGGAGCCGAUGUUGAAGAGGAGUUUGUUUCAUAACUGGAGCUCGAUUAUUGCGUAUUUGGGAGGGUUUGCGCAGGGGUUGGUGAUGUACGGCCAACUUUACUACAUCGCCUUCUUCUUCGUAUCCGUCAAGCAACUCUCCCCCAUCCAAGCAGGAGUCAAUCUCCUUCCCGUCAUGCUGGUCCUCAUCCCCAGUGGGGCGGUGGGCGGCGCUAUCGUUAGCCGCAUGAACGCCUACCGCCCGACUAUCUGGGUCGGCUGGCUUCUGGCCACUCUCUCGUCCGGCCUCGAGCUGCUCUGGGAUGCCGAUGUCUCGAAACCAGUCUGGGCCGUCACCUUGGUAAUCUCCGGGUUGGGUCACGGCAUUAUCCUCAACACGCAGAGCUUCGCAUGCCAGGCCAUGGCGAAGCCAGGGGAUGUUGCUGCCGCUGCAGCUAUGUAUGGAUUCGCAAGGCAGUUUGGGACUUCGGUCGGAGUGAGCGUGGGGAGUACGACGUUCCAGAACGUGAUGGCGAUGAAGUUGGGCCGGGAGGGUUUGCCACGCGGGAUUGCGUAUAAUGCCGAGGGGUUUGUGACCGAGCUGGUGAAGAUGCCGGAUGGUGGCGCCACCAAGGAGACGAUUUUGGAUGCCUACGUUUUUGGUUUCUUGGGGGUGUGGCAGGUUUAUCUGGGCAUAUCUGGUGUGAUAUUCUUGCUGAGCUUCUUUAUGAAGCAUUUUGAUAUGAACAAGGCCAUUGAGUCGGAACAUAAGUUGGAGUCGAAUCACAUUUCAAAACUGUUGGAUCGUAGACAGAGGGUCUCAUUGUAA